AAUUUAUUAAAAAAUUAAAAUUUGAACUAUAUUCCCGAAAGUACAUAAUACAAUUAAUUAUUCUUAUUCAUGCGAACACCUUUGCCGUCUGCUCCAACAACCGAUCAUAUGGGUAUCCUCCAAAAGUGGGCGAGUCCUUUUUAAUCUAGGAAGGGUUUGUUAUUGAGUGAGUUUUAUUAUUUCCCUCAACAAUAUGAUGGGAUUUAUGUUUAAUAUUGAUGGAGGGUAUUUAGAAGGGUUGUGUCGUGGUUUUAAAUGUGGUAUUUUAAAAAAUACAGAUUAUUUGAACCUGGUUCAAUGUGAAUCCCUUGAAGAUUUGAAACUACACCUUCAAGGAACUGACUAUGGAAGUUUUUUGGCCAAUGAACCUAGUCCAUUGUCAGUAUCUGUCAUUGAUGAUAAACUGAGAGAAAAGCUGGUUAUUGAAUUUCAGCACAUGAGAAAUCAAGCUGUGGAACCUCUUUCAACAUUUCUUGAUUUUAUAACGUACAGUUAUAUGAUUGAUAAUAUUAUACUUUUGAUCACGGGUACCUUACAUCAACGCCCUAUUUCGGAACUUAUUCCUAAGUGCCAUCCUCUUGGUAGCUUUGAGCAAAUGGAAGCUAUCCAUGUUGCAGCUACACCUGCAGAACUAUAUAAUGCUGUUUUAGUCGACACUCCACUGGCUCCUUUCUUUGUGGAUUGUAUCAGUGAGCAAGAUCUUGAUGAAAUGAAUAUUGAAAUCAUAAGAAACACACUAUACAAAGCUUAUCUUGAAGCGUUUUAUGAUUUCUGCAAAAAGUUGGGUGGAACUACGGCAGAUACCAUGUGCGAAAUACUUGCUUUUGAAGCUGAUAGACGUGCAUUUAUCAUUACUAUCAAUUCCUUUGGAACUGAGUUAACUAAAGAUGAUCGUUCUAAACUUUAUCCGCGCUGUGGGAUUCUGUACCCUGAUGGCCUUUCUGCACUGUCCAGAGCUGAUGAUUAUGAACAAGUUAAAGCUGUUGCUGAUUAUUAUAAGCAAUAUCAUGCUUUGUUUGAUGGAGCUGGGAAUAAUCCUGGUGAGAAAACACUUGAAGAUCGCUUUUUUGAACAUGAGGUGAAACUUAAUGUACAAGCAUUUUUGCAACAAUUUCAUUUUGGAGUAUUUUAUUCUUACUUGAAAUUGAAAGAACAAGAAUGUAGAAACAUCGUAUGGAUAUCUGAAUGUGUUGCCCAGAAACAUCGUGCCAAAAUUGACAACUAUAUUCCUAUUUACCCUGUGGAUAGAAAUUGAUCUGUUCCAAUCUGUUAUGUUAUAAACUUUCAAUUUUAUGUAAGCAGAAAAAAAAAAUUAUAAGAAGGAAACAUCAUUUCAUGUUUUAUCAUUCUAUGUAUCCCACUUAAGGUUUGAUUUGUUUUGUACACAAGCUUUGAGAUUGUAUAUUUUAAACUGUAUAAAAGUUACAUUCCAUCUUAUAUAAAUAGGUUUUAUGUAUGUUACUUGUAAUUUUUGUUGUUUAUAAGUAUGUUAUUGUUAGAAAUUUUAAAUAAGUUUAUUUUUUCCUUCACACAACGUAAUUAGAUUCAUCUGUAAUAUUAUUUUUGUAAGGCUGGUGUUGUGCAUCAAUUUUUUUUCUGUAUUCCAUUACUUCUCAAUAACUGCAAUUACACAAAUACCAGUGAAUUUUAUUAUAACUCUAAGCUGGUAAAGUAUUAGCUCAUAAUAUUUUUUGUUGCAUGUUCACAGUUAUGUAACAUUAAAUUUGAACUCAUGCUUUUAUUGUAAUGGUGAUUUCUCUUGCUUUUAAUUUGUUUUAUUAUAUUAAUAUUAUUUGUUCAUCUUAUGUAUUGUUGAAUAUUAUAAAUUGAGUAGAUUUUCAGUUUCAAGUCUGUUAGAGAAAAAUCUUGAAAAAAAAUUCCACAGGGACUGUAAUCUAGUAAAUGAUAUUAAAAAAUAUCUUGGAUAAUUAUUGUUGCUGAAGUCAUUUGUAUACUGACAAAUGAUAGGAACAUAAUAUAACUGGUAUAUUGUUUCUCUUAAAGGAUAAUGAUAGUUGAACUGUUAUCAGUAUCGACAGAAAAAAACAUAAACCUUUUAGAUAAAUAAUUAAGCAAAAAUGUAUAAUCCUUCAGGCAUUUUGCUAAGCAGAUUCUGUAGUAUAAUUGUAUAGAUAUUUUAUUUAUUUAUCAGAUAAUAAGAGAUUUCUGUUAAAAAGUAUAAAAUUUGAGGUUUUCAUUAAUUAGUUCACUGAUAUUUUAAAUUAAAAAAAGAAAAUAUUAAAGUAAUAUAUACAUGUAUAUAUUUUUAUUUAUUUUGCCUUUCCAAAUAUUUGUACUUAUGGGGAAGAUUAUUGUUUAUACAUUUUUCAAACAUAUCUAUGGAAAAUUAUUUUAGUUGUGAUAAAUGACACCGUUAAGUGUCAGUUUGUGAUUCUUAAUUGUAACAGAUUUGAAAGGGCUAUAAUGUUAAAGAAAAGAUUUUUUUUUAAUCAAAGAGAGAUGUGAAAGGUUUGAUGAACAAUCUUUGAGGUUUUCUUCCAUAUUACUCUAUUUUUAUUAUUCACUUCAAGUAUGUCUGUGUAUAUCGAUUAAUUAUACUUAAAAAUGAAGCACUAUUAUAUUGGUUUUCUUUCAACAAUGCUGUCUAAUAUCUACCUUAUAAAUUGUUAAUAAAAUUUAUUUUCUGUUUUAAUUUUUUUUAAAAUGUUUUAUCUCCACUGUUAAUCAAAUGAAAU